CCCCUCCCCCCCAAUCCUCACUUUUUGUGUAACUGCUAUAGCUAAAAUGCAUAGGGAGGAGGAGGAUUCAAGUGUUCAAGCAAAUUCUUCCGUCGUGGCAACAACCCAUCAAGGUGGUGAUGCUGGAGUUGGUGGUGGUGGUGAAGAAGCUAAGAUUAACAGAAGUAAUAUUGAUGAAGUUGAGCGGCCGAUCGGUAACCGGUGGCCUAGACAAGAGACCUUGGCCCUAUUGAAGAUACGUUCUGAUAUGGACCAACAAUUCCGUGGCUCCAGCCUCAAAGGUUCAUUAUGGGAAGAAGUAUCAAGGAAACUAGCUCAGCUUGGUUACAAUAGGAGUGCCAAGAAAUGCAGAGAGAAAUUUGAGAAUGUUGCCAAGUACCACAAUAGAACCAAAGAUGGUCGGAACAGUAAAGCCGACGGCAAGACUUAUCGGUUUUCCGAUCAAUUAGCCGCCCUAGAAAAUCAUCCUCCACAUCCGCCACCGCCACCGCCACAAAAGCCUCAAGUAGUGCUAAUGCAAAGGACUAAUAAUCGUCCGGGUACUGUGUCUGAUAUUACUGUUCCAUCAUCAACAACAAACCCUAGAAAUCUCUCUCAAUAUAUUGUCACACCAACAAUACUAACAAACCCUACACUUCCUUCUCAAAACAAUACUAUCUCCAGUACUUCUAAUUUCCCCAAUGUUUCAGCGAAUCCCUUUUCGAGUUCGACGUCUACUUCCACCGCGUCGGAUGGGGAAUUCCAAGGGCGGAGAAAGAGAAAAAGGAAAUGGAAGAACUUCUUUGAGAGGCUAACCAAGAAAGUGAUGAAGAAGCAGGAAGAGUUAGAAUCGAAAUUCUUGGAAACGAUAGAGAAAUGCGAACACGAUCGGAUGGUAAGAGAAGAGUCAUGGAGGAUGCAAGAAAUGUCAAGAAUCAAUAGAAAACAUGAGAUUUUUGUUCAAGAAAGAUCCGCCACAGCAGCCAAAGAUGCAGCAGUAAUUGCAUUGUUAAACCAAAUGUCCGGAUCACAACCACCGGCAUUUCAUCAAACACUUGUCAAUCAAGAAAAACCAUCACCACAACCACCACCUCCUCCUCCUCCAGCUCCACCACAACACCACCAGUUGCCACCACCGCCCUCGGCGAAUUUCUAUACACUAAAAAGGGUUGAAAAUGUAAAGGAAAAUAGUCACAUUGCUGUAACUUCAACCUCUUCUAGAUGGCCAAAACCAGAAGUUCAAGCUCUAAUUACUCUGCGAACAAGUCUUGACAUAAAGUACCAAGAAAAUGAACCGAAAGGGUCGUCAUGGGAGGAGAUCUCAGCCGGAAUGCGAGAAUUGGGAUACAACAGGAGUGCCAAGAGAUGCAAAGAAAAGUGGGAAAACAUAAACAAGUACUUCAAGAAAGUUAAAGAGAGCAAUAAACAAAGGCCUGAAGAUUCCAAAACAUGUCCUUAUUUUCACCAGUUGGAUGCUCUAUACAAAGACAAGAUCAACAACAGCAAGGUGGGUGGUUCUUCUUCUUCUACUAAUUCUGGUAAUUUUGUUGUCAAGCCGAUUGACACAUAUAUGGAGCCAUUGAUGGUCUGUCCAGAACAACAAUGGCCUCUUCAGCAAGAAAGUAGAAAUAAUAACCAGAUUCAAUCAGUAAUGGAGGAUAGUGAGAGGGGUGGUAUCAUGGAUCAGAAUCAAGAAGAAGAAACUGAAGAAGAUGGAGAUACUGAUGGCGAUAAUGAUGAGGAGGAGGCUGAUGGAUUUGAGUUGGUACCAAACAAACAAGUUUCAAUGGCCGCUACUACUGGUGAGUAAAAGCAUUUUUGUACUGUGACCGUAAUUGUCUAGAGUUUGCAAUUCUCAUCUAAUGAUUUACUAGAUAUGUAUGCCACUUCAAAUCACAUUUUAUUUUUGUGCUUUUAAAAUUUGUCAGGUUUUUUCUUGGUUAUUAGAUGAGAAUCGUAGAUUCUUGAGAAUUUCCCGUU